GCUGCUGUACCAAAUGUUCCCAUCAUGCCAAGUGUCAACCAAAACGACACACCUGUGACUUCACAGGAGACAGUGGACUCGUCACCAGAAGAAAUCGCCGACGGUCACGCAACUGCACCGCAACCACAGGCUACACUCAACCACCACAGCUAUGUGGAUGCCACUGAGGUAGGUAUAUACACGUUAGUAUAUCUGUGA